AUGGCUGGCCGACGCCUGCGUAUUCGCAAAAUUAUUGUUGUCGAAGGUUUCAUUCUGCCACGAAAAGAAGCGGGUGGGAAGGAGGACGAGGAGGGAGAAGUAGAGUCGGACACGGAUGAGAAUCUGGAACAUGAGGAUGACCUGCAGUUCCACGACUUCAGGGACAUGAGCGAGAUUUCCCUCGGUGCAAGUUCCAUUAGAGCCUCGAGCGUGGCCAAGCGGUUCGUUGAAUUGAAAGACCUUCGCUCUGGUGACACUUACAAAGUGGUAGGACGGUUCCAGUUUACUUCUCCUUGGUGGAAAGUGACAGCAAAACUCUUCUGCUUUCAGAAAAAAUGGUAUCUGCAGGGGUAUCCUUCUUAUGCUCUGAGGAUCCUGACUGAAAAGGAAUAUGAUAUUGUCAGCCUUUUCUUAACAAAAUGUGGCAUCCACCAAGAUCACGUACAGAUGUUUAUUGAACAUUUUACUCACCAUAGUCUUCAAUUUCCAGAAGUAUUGAACACUUUACAACAGUUUGCACACAAGGAAAAUAAAAAGGAUGAAAAUAAAAGUGAUUUUCAAAGUUGCAUAAAUCACUGCAUAUCUAAGUCGGUUGAAGGUCAGAUUGUGCUGAAAGGUAUGAAGUUCCAUAGCCUGAUGAAGUAUUUGCCACAGCUUCUGCCACGGUCCUUUCUGCAUAUUUUGAACAUGGAAAAUAAUGCCCUUGAGGAUCUGGAGCAGAUGAUUGAUACAGAAGUGUGGAAGCUGGGAUUCCAUUCUAUUCUUUCUAAGGAGUUUCAGCUUAUUGGUUGUGAGGCAACAUUGUUAGCCUUUGAAGAAGCUGAUCUUCUGAGGACAAUUCCGGAGAUACAGAAACAUGCUCUUGUAAUUUAUGAUAAACUCAAAAAAACCUGUUGGAGUAAUGGACACACUUAUGUAAGUAUUGAUGAGUUGACUGGAUUACGCCCAACUGAGAUCAGCAUUGAAAGUGAAUGGGAUUCGUUACAAUUUUUGAAGGAAACAAACAUUAUUGUAAAUGAAAAGAAGCGAGUAUACCUUGAGCGUUUGUACAACUAUGAGAAAGAAAUUGCUACAUGUAUAAAGGAUCUUGUGGAUGAACCACCAUGGCAUAUUUCUCUGAAUGUGGAAGAAGUUCUGAGAAGUGCAUUCACCCCACCCCAAACGGAUUGCUUCUGUAAGGGGAAAGAGUUUGAGGAUACAGAGGACAGUGAAAGAGUUAAUUUGGAUCCAGAUCAGAUUCGAGCUGCUAACAUGAUGUGUGAAAAUCCUGUUACAGUUAUAAGUGGUAAAGGUGGUUCUGGGAAAACCACACUUGUCAGCUUUAUUUUCAAGGCAGCAGUUAAUAAUAUGCACAUUGCAGAGAAGAAAGAACUUCUGCAAGCAUGUGAAGAUCUUGAGCAGGAUCAAUCUGCUCCUGAAUGUUGGAAUAUUCCAACAAGUAAAAUUCCAGACAAUGACCAGGUUGAAAAACAGGAUGUCAGCAAAGCAACUGUGCUGUUCACUGCACCAACGGGAAGGGCAGCUUCUCUUUUGAAGAAAAAAACUGGAUUUCCUGCUUAUACUUUACACCAGGUAAUGUGGAAUUUCAACUCUGUCCGAUACUCCAAGGAAAAACAAGCUGUGUUUGAUUGGAAGUUUUCUGAAGUCCAGAUUCUGAUUGUUGAUGAGGGAAGUUUGGUAUCGGUGAAGAUUUUAAGUACGGUUUUAAAGUCGCUUAUGAAAUAUGCCAAUCUCAAAAAGCUUAUAAUCCUUGGUGAUAUUAGGCAGUUGCCUAGUAUAGAACCUGGCAACAUGUUCAAGGAUGUAUACUCCAGCUUGCAGCAGGUUAGAUGGGCCGUCGAGCUGUCAACUAAUCAUCGUGCAGAGAGUCAACUAAUUGUAGACAAUGCUGCUAAAAUUGCUGAGAUGGGAUGCAAGUCUGUUUAUACACCGUUGGAGUAUGAUGCAGUGAUGCAUGUAACAAAUGGGAUAGAAAUUGCAAUUCCAACACCUGAUAAAAAAUUCAUUCUGGUUUCCCUCGGAUCUAGCCCUGUCGCUCUGCAAGAAGCUAUCACCAUUUUGAUAAGCAGGGCUCCAGGACUUGAUGAUCAUGUGACCUCACAGUUCAUUGCAUUUAGACGGGAGGAUUGUGCAGUGAUCAAUGAGCUCUGCUGCAAACAUUAUUCAAAACAUUUGACCAAAGAUGAGAAAAAAAAGAGUGACUUCCGAGUUGGAGACAAAGUGUGCUGUACAAAGAAUGGAUAUGUCAUGGAUCUGACUGAAGAAUCAACAUCAAAGUUGGAGAAGGAUCGAGUUCGCUUAUGUAAUGGAGAAAUCUUUUUUAUCAUUGAGGAUAAAACUGUAUAUGAAAAUACUAAGUGCAAUCGUUUCUUGCUACUGGAUGACAAGGAGGGUCGACGGAUUUUGGUGGAUUUUAAAGAAGUGGGGAAGGAAUGCAAGUUGGUGCAUGCAUGGGCCAGAACAAUCCACACUUUUCAGGGUUCUGAAGCUGACACCGUUGUGUAUGUUGUGGGAACGGCAGGAAGACAGAACUGGCAGCACAUUUACACUGCAGUCACACGAGGGCGCCAGCGUGUAUAUGUUGUUACAUCUGAGAAUCACUUCACUACAGCAGUGACAGCCAGAAGCCCCCAGAGAAACACUCGCCUUCGUGAAUUGCUGCAGGAGAAACUAGUAAAACUAAGACCUGCGCCAUACUUUGAAGGGUCACAGUUCCAGCAACAGGCAAGUUCGGCACCCACUCCUGCAAAGCUCUGUCCGGCCCUGUUUAAUUCAUCUGUUUCUUCGACUCAGGCGGUGCCCAAUUUGACAUCCUGUGUAGCAGAUGAAAUAAAGGAUAGAGCUAACUCCCAAUCUCAGAAAGAAGACUCCUAUUCAGAAGAUUUGGCAUUUGCACAGAAUUACAGCUGGUCUCCUUUAAGUCUUGAGCUUGACAGCACAGAAUGUAUUAGGACCAAGGAAAGGCCAACAGAAGCAGUGAACACUUUACUUCAAGUUGAUGAUGGAUCUACAAGAGAUAAGUUGGUAGGAACAAUUGGAGAAGUGUCCACCAGCUCUGAAAAAUCUGAACCAAGCUGGGCACCUGGCAGUAAGAGAAGUGAUAAUGCUCUGGCUGGUGAGGGAUUUGUUUCAAAAUACUCAAAGAUACUGAUGGAAUCACCUCUUGGCUGCACGAAGUUCAAGAUGAUGACAAUUGACAACUACUCAGCACAAAGAGACACAAGUAAAAAGCUGUUUAAAGAGAAGAGUGAAUGAUGUGAUGUGCAAGUUUUACACAAA